AUGUUAGAUGCAUUCGGCGACUUCGAGGAUGCCAUCGCUCUGCCCGAAAUCCGGCGAAUGCAGCUGAUGCGGGCCUCCUGCGGUGGAACCUUCGUCGGACGCUUCGCACCACGCAAAGAUCCCCGCCUUCGGGCCGUGAAGGCGGCGUCAAAAAUGGUUGUGGACUCUGUGGUCUUCUCCUUUAGCAAUGCUUCCAGCUGGUUUACGCAUAACGAGGUGGAGCUUGUGACGCUCUUGGAAGAGCUCCCGUGCCAGGAUUUACAAGGCGUGCAUGUUGCACCUUCAUCGCCUCAAACGAUCCGGAAGAAGACGGAGGAUUACGGAGCAUACCCAUCGCCCCUCUCUGCGCUGACAGAUGUGACAAGCGGGGAAGGAGAUGACAGCAAAUGGCACUAUGAUUGGUCUGGUGUUUCAGGUGAUGUGGCACAUGAUUCAUCGCCCACACCGUCCACGGAGGAGGAAGAGGUGGACGAAGAAACUGCACGGCGAGCUCGUGCGCUCGCAAAAGCACAGCGCUAUGGCCAUGCGGUGUGA